AUGAUCGUCCAGCCCCUCAUCGGCUACUACAGCGACCGCUGCACCUCACGCUUCGGUCGUCGCCGCCCCUUCAUCGCCGCCGGCACCGUAUUCAUCCUCAUCUCCGUCUUCCUCAUCGGAUACGCCGCCGACAUCGGCCACGCCGCCGGCGACGACCUCUCCCGGCCAAGCCCGGGCCAUCACCGUCUUCGUCGUCGGGUUCUGGAUCCUCGACGUCGCCAACAACAUGCUCAUGGGCCCCUACCGCGCCCUGCUCACCGAUUUGUUCGGGAGCAGCCAGAAGAAGACACGUGUCUCCAAUUCCUUCUUCUCCUUCUUCCUCGCCGUCGGCAACGUUCUCGGGUACGCCGCUGGGAGCUACAGCCGCCUCUACAAGAUUUUCCCCUUUACUAA